AUGAGGGCCGUCCUUCUUGGCCGGCUCUGCUUGGGACGCGGCUUUUCGCGCCUUCCGCGACAUGCCUUUACUCCAUCAUGGCGACUGCCUGUCAAGCGCAUCCCGAGACGAGGGCCGAUCAUCGGCGGGGUGGUGAUGGCCGCCCUCGCACCCGGCGCAUUUCUCAGGCUCGCGGAGGACUCGAAUGGUGACGAGAAGACGGGUGAGAUGCAGAUGCUGGAGGCUUCGCGCGAGGAGGUCCGCAAGAUGGUUCCAAAGGAUGCGCGAGGUCUUUCGAGGCUCUGUCAAUCACUCUGCGUCUUCUGGUACUUCUACGUCUACGAUCCCAUUGCGACUGGAUUUCGUUUCUUGCACCUUGCUGUCAUCUUCAUACCUGUGGUCAUUACUGUACCAGUAAUAUGGAUCGGACAAAAAGUUGGGAGCCACAAUAACGCGCAGACUGGCACGCUCUGGUGGUAUCGGUUCCUGGUGAAGGCUAUGGAGCGCGCAGGUCCUGCUUUUAUCAAACUUGGACAAUGGGCUGCAUCGCGCACCGAUAUCUUCCCUCCUGAAAUGUGCACCAUCAUGUCUUCACUCCACUCGCACGCCCCGGCCCACUCACUCGAAGAUACGAAACGAACCAUCCGGAAAGCUUUUAACGGCAUGCCCUUCGAGGACAUUUUUGAAGAAUUCCAGGAGGAACCUCUCGGAGUUGGAGCCAUCGCCCAGGUAUACAAGGCAAAAUUGAAACCAAGCUUGGCCUCCAGCAACCCAGAGCUAGGCCAGGAAACCACCACCCUAGGAGAGAAGGUGCGGAAAAAUGUGGAUGUGCUGGUGAAGAGCUCACCACAGCGAGUACCAUCAUCCUAUGUCGCGAUCAAAGUCGUCCACCCUAGAGUCGAGAAGAUGAUUCAUCGGGACUUGCGAAUUAUGGGAUUCGUCGCCUCUGUGAUCAACGCCAUUCCGACUAUGCAUUGGCUUUCCUUCCCCGAUGAGGUCCACCAGUUUGGUGAGAUGAUGAAGCUCCAGCUGGAUAUGCGUAUCGAGGCAACCAAUCUGGUCAUAUUCCGCGAGAAGUUCAAGACUCGUUCCACAGCCUGGUUCCCAUAUCCCUACAUGGAGUAUACUACUCGCGAGGUGCUUAUCGAGGAGUUCGCACAGGGCAUUCCGUUGGCAACCUUCCUGGAUGUCGGAGGAGGUGUUUUCCAGCAUGAGAUUGCCAACGAAGGACUGGACGCCUUUUUGCAUAUGCUCCUGAUCGAUAACUUUGUGCACGCCGAUUUGCAUCCAGGAAACAUCAUGGUUCGCUUCUACAAGCCCAGUGAACUUGACCUGUCUCUCCAGAAGCAUUCACGUGCCACAGAUGCUCCCACUCGAGCAGAGGUAGACGUGACCGAGGCCGUUUUGGCACGCCUACGCCCGCAUCUCGGUAACAUUGCGGAUUGGGAGUCUGCGCUGGCCACACUCUAUCACGAGGGAUAUCGCCCUCAACUGAUCUUCAUUGAUACGGGUCUCGUCACUCAGCUCAACGAUCUCAAUCGACGGAACUUCCUAGAUCUCUUCCGGGCCAUUGCUGAGUUCGAUGGUUAUCGGGCGGGGCAUCUGAUGGUUGAGCGUUGUCGCACCCCAGAGGAAGUCAUCGAUCCUGAAAUCUUCGCUUUGAAGAUGCAGCACCUCGUUUUGAGCAUCAAAUCGCGCACAUUUGCCCUUGGCAACAUCAAAAUUGGUGACGUUCUUAGUGAAGUUCUAACGAUGGUUCGUAGCCACCACGUUCGAUUCGAAGGCGACUUUGUGAACGUCGUCAUUUCUUGCCUCCUUCUUGAAGGGAUUGGGCGAAGCCUUAAUCCCAAUCUAGAUCUUUUCAAGAGCGCCCUUCCCAUUCUCCGGCAGCUCGGCACCGGCUCUACUUUCUUACAGACAGUGCGCUCAGGCGACACCUCGAUGCUUCGGGUCUGGGUUGGGCUGGAAGCGCGCGGGUUGCUGCAGGCCAGCAUCGAAAGUGUAGAACGGUGUGUCAAAUACGACCUGCUGUCGCCGAAUAUCUAA